ACGCAUGCUUGGAAGACAUGCGCUUUGCGGCAAAGUCCUCCUUUACUCCACACACGCCUCUAAGCCUCGGCACAUCUACUAACUACACUUUAUUCAUCCUCCGUGUCAGGAUAAACUCCACUCAUCUCAGCCACAUUUGGAGAUUAUUAGGCCCGCUUAGCUUGAUAGUUGUUUGAGCGCGCCAAUUAGCUUAGCAUGCUAGUUAGCUUAGCAUGUUAGCCGCUAACAAAGAGACGCGGAUUUGAUCAACACAUCGCUUAGUUAAGAUCAAGUGUGAGUGUAAAGUGUUGUGAUUGUGUGAAAAUGUGCGAAAGAACGAUAGAAAAGUAUGAGGAGGAACUUUGUUGUGUGAAAAUGUGUGAAAGAACGAUAGCAGAGUACAAAGAGGAACUUUCUCGGACAAAAGAAGAGAACGAGAGACUACGUCAACUAUUGGAGGCUGUUUUCAAGAAAGCUCAAGUUGUGUUACACAGAACAGAACUCAAUAAAGGACAUCUUCCUCAUGAGCAGGAAGAAGAGCCACAGCCCCACCACAUUAAAGAGGAAAAAGAUGUACCGCAUUCCCAACACAUUAAAGAGGGAGUAGAGGACCCACAGCCCCCCCACAAUAAAGCGAAACAUGAGACGCCACAGACCCAUAAUGUUAAACUGACCCUUCACAAUAAAAGGCAAGCGGAGGACCCACUGAUCUUACACAUCAAAAAGGAAGAGGAGGAUCCACUUACCCCUCACUUUAAGGAGCAAGAGAACCCGCUGACACCUCACAUUAAAAAGGAAGAGGAGGAUCCACUGACCCCUCACUUUAAGGAGCAAGAGGAGGACCAAGAGGUGCCGCACAUUAAAGAGGAAGAGGAGGAAGAGGGCAUCAGUCAGCCUAAAUGGUUGGAGGAGUUCCCAGUGACUGGUGUCCCUGUGAAGAGUGAAGAUGAUGAGGUGAAAGGUGAAAGUGAGGAGAGGGGAGGGGGGGAGCCUCCAAGCAGCAGCUCAACACAACACAUGACAACAGAAGCUGAUGGAGACCACUGUGGAGGAUCACAAGCAGACAAGCUCUUAGCUCCACUAUCAGAUAGUGAGGACACAACGUCACACUCUCCUGACUCUGAUGAUGAAGACUCUAAAGAUGAUAAGACAUGUCACACUGACAACACUCACUUCACAUGUCCUCACUGUCACAAAACUUUUAAAUAUCCUAGUUAUUUGAAAAGACACAUGAGAACACACACUGGAGAAAAACCUUUUUCAUGUUCAAUCUGCGGUAAAGAUUUUACUCAGAGGCCAGAUUUUAAAGUACACAUGAGAACACACACUGGUGAAAAACAUUUUUCCUGUUCAACCUGUGGUAAAGGUUUUACACACAGUAGCAAAUUGAAAAGACACAUGAGAAUACACACUGGUGAAAAACCUUUUUCCUGUUCAAUCUGUAGUAAAGGUUUUACACGAAGUCAGAGUUUGAAAGAACACAUGAGAACACACACUGGUGAAAAACCUUUUUCCUGUUCAAACUGUGGUAGAGGUUUUACACGAAGUCAGAGUUUGAAAGAACACAUGAGAAUACACACUGGUGAAAAACCUUUUUCCUGUUCAAUCUGUGGUAAAGGUUUUACACAUACUAACAAAUGGAAAAGACACAUGAGAAUACACACUGAGGAAAAACCUUUUUCCUGUUCAAUCUGUAGUAAAGGUUUUACACGAAGUCAGAGUUUGAAAGAACACAUGAGAACACACACUGGUGAAAAACCUUUUUCCUGUUCAAACUGUGGUAGAGGUUUUACACGAAGUCAGAGUUUGAAAGAACACAUGAGAAUACACACUGGUGAAAAACCUUUUUCCUGUUCAAUCUGUGGUAAAGGUUUUACACAUACUAACAAAUGGAAAAGACACAUGAGAAUACACACUGAGGAAAAACCUUUUUCCUGUUCAACCUGUGGUAAAGGUUUUACACGAAGUCAGGGUUUGAAAGAACACAUGAGAAUACACACUGGUGAAAAACCUUUUUCCUGUUCAACCUGUGGUAAAGGUUUUACAGAAAGUCCCAGUUUGAAAGUACACAUGAGAACACACACUGGUGAAAAACCUUUUUCCUGUUCAACCUGUGGUAAAGGUUUUACACGAAGUCAGGGUUUGAAAGAACACAUGAGAAUACACACUGGUGAAAAACCUUUUUCCUGUUCAACCUGUGGUAAAGGUUUUACAGAAAGUCAGAGUUUGAAAGUACACAUGAGAACACACACUGGUGAAACACCUUUUUCCUGUUCAACCUGUGGUAAAGGUUUUACAGUAGGUCAGAGUUUGAAAGUACACAUGAGAACACACACUGGUGAAAAACCUUUUUCCUGUUCAACCUGUGGUAAAGGUUUUAGACACAGUCAGAGUUUGAAAGUACACAUGAGAACACACACUGGUGAAAAAUCACAUUCCUGUUCAAUCUGUAACAGAAGCUUUUGUGAAGGAUCAAACCUUGUAGCACACAUGAGAAGACACCCAGGAGAGAAAGUGUUGAGUUGCAGUGUGUGUGGUGAAAGAUUGUCUUCUAAGUACCAGUGUAAGAAACACAAGUGUGCUGGUGAGAACAGCAGCAGCAAAUGAAACUGCAGGAUUUGAAAUAAACUGUCCAGACUUUCAUUUUGACUUUCUAACAACAUCAGCACAUAUAACAUGUGUGACAUUGUUGUUUGUCUAACAAUCUGUUUAAUAUGAUCUUUACAUUUAUAGAUUACAUAGUUUGAAAUAUAAAAGUAUUACAUAUUUGUACUUGUAAUUGUUGAUAACCCCAUAGAUUAUCACCUUUAUAUGAUAUACAUAUGUACUGGUUCACAUCUGAAACAUCUUCUGGACCACUUCAGGAAGCAUAUUUUUAUUUACUUUAUACAUCAUUUAAACAGUUGUCUUUUAUACAAUUUUAAAAUCUGUGACUUUAUGAAUCAUUUGUUGGGUCUCUGUAAUCCAUGUUAUUAAUAAUCUUCAUUACUCUCUUUUGUAAUAAGAUGAUUGUGUUGUGAUUAUUUUAUAUGUAUGUCCCCAGACCUUUUUGCAAUAUAAAAGUGAGAGAAAAUGGCUGAAUUGUUUGAGGAAGGAUUUAUUUUGUUUUUGUUUUUUUUACAAACUGACAUUUGUGGAUAAAACAAAAAUUCCCAUUAAUGGGUUUCAAUUUUUUUUUAAUGUAUGUAUUCUUUUUAAACAUCCACAAAACUAUAUCGACAUGAAUCAAAGUUCAGAGUGUCAGUAAAAAGCUAAUAUUGUACAUCAUCCCACAGAUAUUUACUUUGCAUUCUGUUGGAGCCAAAUUUCUUUAUUUGUUUAUUUAGUUUUUAUUUAGUUUUCUGUAAUUGAUUGCUGGCCUCAGUUGAUGCUGAAUUUCCUUUUCGGCAGAUUGCUCCGCCCACUUCCUCUUGAGAACCAGGAGAUGUUGACAGGGAUGGGACCGUUGCUAUGGUGCGGUUGCUAUGGUAACGUCAUUUAAUUGGGUUCAGGUGGGAACACUGGAGGGGCGACUGCAUGGAGGACACAAACUGUUUACAAGCUUGCUGUGUGUGGUCAGGUCUCACUGCUGUGACAAUGUUGCAUCCAAGUCAAGGUCAGCAUACUUUAUGUUCUACAGCCUACAUGUCAUUUCAGUUUGAUAGCCAAAAAUAAACAGAUUGUCAUACCAAACAUA